CCACGUUCCUGCAUAUCCACAGCCUUCAAGUCUUACCCGAGUUAAUUAGUUAAUUGUCUGCUAUCAGAUGCUUAACAAGGACGAGCUCCGUAACCACACAUGCUCGGUCCAAAUGUGCAAGUGUCAAGUAGUGUGGAGUUGAUCUGCCGCUUGAACCAAAACCACUUGUGUUUUUGAGCAAUAAUAUUGUCAUUUUUGCAACGGCUUUAUUGCAAAAUCACAAUUACAGAUGAACAGGGCUGUUUACUAAGUACUCAAUCUCCAGCCUCAGUCGUCCAGGCAGAACAACUGGUUUUGUCACCCACGUUUUAAUUUCAGAGUUGGUUACUGAGGAGGAGAAAUGUGUUUUGUUACAGGUGUGUUUGCACAAUCUGACACUCAGCUGUUUUAAACCUCAUAUUGCAGCAUCUACAACAACUUUUAAAGGCUCCGUUUCUGCUGAAUUUACACCAACUGCCUGCUGCAGCUGACGACAUUGCAAAUGUGCGAUCUUUUUACAUUUUGAUCAAACUUGAAGGGGAAGGAUAAAGUGAAAGACGUGGAUUUCCUUAAAGCGCUCUACUCAGCUGUUCUCAUCUGCACUUUGCUGCCCUUAAAUCCUCCGUCACGGCCCCUUCACCGAGCACCGUCUACGGUUCUUCAGUGCCACUUGCAGACAUGGAUUGGGCCACUCCAGCUGCCAAACUGAACCCCUACACCCGAGCCCGCAUGACCGAGGCCUGGCAGCAGCAUACGGUUGCUCCACCUCCGGUCGUCCACACCAUCCCUCCAGGAGCUGAGAACGCGUUGGGCUGCGCUGUGUACGGCAUCGUCCUGCAGCCAGAUGCGACGUCUCUACAGCAGCAGAACCAGCACGGCCAGCACAGCCAGCACGGUCAGCAGCAGCACGGAGGCGGGCAGCUGGGCCAGCAGCAGCACCCCGCCCAGGCCCAGCAGACCUCCCUGCAGGUCGGGGCGGAGGGAGGCCACAAGUGUGGGGCUUGUGGACAUGAUAUCUCCCACCUGGCAAACCCUCAUGAACAUCAGUGCAUGGUGAGUCAGGACCGGUCGUUCCAGUGCACCCAGUGCAUGAAGAUUUUCCAUCAGGCGACAGACUUGCUGGAGCACCAGUGUGUUCAGGUGGAGCAGAAGCCGUUUGUGUGUGGAGUUUGUAAGAUGGGCUUCUCUCUACUCACCUCUCUAGCUCAGCACCACACGUCACACAACAGCACCAACCCAAUGAAGUGUUCAAUAUGUGAGAAGACCUACCGACCCGGGUCUUCUGGCAACGCCACGCCCAACUCCUCAAACAGUUCCCAGCAGCCCAGCAGUGACGGAGCGUCAGCCAGCAGCAGCUCGUCCAUCCUCCCCUUUCCCUCGGCACGAGACCGGCCGUACAAAUGCUCUGUUUGCCAGAAAGGCUUCAAGCACCUCUCAGAACUCACGCGACACGAGCGGGUGCACACGGGAGAGAAACCCUUCAAAUGUGACACAUGUGACAAGGCCUUCAGCCAGUCGUCGCACCUACAGCACCACCAGCGAACGCACAGCAACGAACGGCCUUUCAAGUGUGCCGUCUGUGAAAAGAGCUUCAAGCACCGCUCCCACCUGGUGCGCCACAUGUACGUUCACUCUGGUGAGCACUUAUUCAAAUGCAACUUGUGCGAGCUGCACUUCAAGGAGUCGUCGGAGCUGCUGCACCACCCCUGUCACCCGCAGGGCUCUCGGCCGUUUCGCUGCGCCACCUGCGGCAAAGGUUUCAAGCGGCCGUCUGACCUUCGGCAACACGAGCGAACGCACUCAGAGGAGCGUCCCUUCCACUGUGACGAGUGUCAGAUGAGCUUCAAGCAGCAGUACGCACUCGUUCGCCACAGACGCACACACAAAGACCCCACCGACCGGCCGUUCAAAUGCAACCUGUGCGACAAGGGCUUCAUGCAGCCCUCUCACCUUCUCUACCACCAGCACGUCCACGGCAUGGACAACCUGUUCAAGUGCGCCUCAUGCCAGAAGGAGUUCAGCCAGUCAGGAGAGCUGCUCAGACACAAGUGCGGCGAGUCGUCCAACACCUCGCCGGACAAACCGUACAAGUGCGACGUUUGUGGCAAAGGGUACAAGAAGAGCUCCACGUUACAGCGUCACCAGAACUCACACUGCCAAGAGAAGCCCCUCAAGUGCUCGCUCUGCGACCGCCGCUUCUUGUCCUCGUCGGAGUUCGUCCAGCAUCGCUGUGACCCAUCGCGGGAAAAGCCGCUGAAGUGCCCGGACUGUGAGAAACGUUUCAAGUACUCGUCGGACCUGAACCGUCACCGGCGCGUGCACACGGGCGAGAAACCGUACAAAUGUGGCCACUGCAACAAGGGCUUCAAACAGCGCGAGCACUUGACCAAACACCAGAGCACGCACUCCAGAGAGGGCCAGUUCAAGUGUGUGUGGUGUGGAGAGCGUUUCAGUGACUUGGGCUCUUUGCAGGAUCACACGGUGCAGCACACGGCCGACGGAGGCGGCUACCCCGUCCCCCAGUGCUUAUAGACCCUCUGACGUUUUUCUUUGAACAGACAAACCCUGAAACACUCUUUCCUCUCGUCUGUCCGGUCUGGGCGAUUAAUUCAGCCUGAAAUUAUUCACAUCUUCGGCGUUGUCCUGGGCUGUUAUCAUCACGUUCAUUCCCACCAGUGCCACAUCAGGUUGUUGUUGCUCUGCUGACCUGCUCAGUCCUCAUCACUCCAAGUCUGUCAUUCCAUGAAAUAGGAACGUUUUCUAUCUUUCCUUCUUUUUUUAUACCCCACAUUCAAACAUUGAAGAAGGCCACGACCACUAAACUUCCAUCAGUCACACUGACUUCCUGACACAGAAACAGGUGCCAUAAUGCAGGCUGAUUUAACAGAUAGAUUCCCGCUGAUUUUCUCCCCUCAGAAAAAGAAAUAAGAAUUUGAAAUGCCUCCUCAUUGUCGUGACAGAAUUAGAGAGCCUUUGUUGUUUUUGUUUAAAGUAGUUUGGCAGAAAGUUUUUUUAUAAAGGAACAGUGACUGAAUCAUGAAGGUUGAAUUCCACUAGAGGGGGAUCAUUCCUUGGUUUUUUAUUUCCCUCUCCCCUAAUCUUUCUUUUUCUCUUUGUCUCAGUCUUUUGCUGUUUAGUAUCAGAAGACUGGCAAGUUCCACUCAUUCAUUUGUUUUUGGGGUGAACUACGAAGCGAGUUUGACGUACAGAGGCUGUUCUUGCAUAAACCGACUCAACAAAACCUAAAAUUACAGUCAGAGAUAACGAGUAUCAGGACGGUGGUUUGCAACUUUCUUUUUUUUUAACGCUUUAUGUGACUCUUCUUCUGCACAUAUUGACCAAUCACAUGCCGCCUGCUUCGGUCUAAGAAACAAGUUGUUACACUGGAAAGCUAUAAAGAACAGAAUAAUAUAUGAGGCUAAAAAGCAACACUUUUAAUGCAAAUGACGAAACAGGGGAAUGCUGGUUGAAGACUUAAUUGUUAAAGUUAAUGUAUUUGUUUUCUCACUUAGAAACUGCGAGUGCAGCUGCUUCUUUUUAAUGUGACAGCUCCAUAUUUUUGUUUGUCGCUGGUUUAUUUCUUUAUUUUUACAGGGACAGUGCAUAAUUAAAAGUAAAUGAACGAGAGUUAGCGAGCUGCUAAUUUGCACCUGUUGUCCCUGAGCAGGUACAGAAAAAGAGAACAAAAUCAGAGUUUUGAAACUUUGGAGUUAAUUCAAAAAAUGAAUUUCGGUCUGACUCUGUCCCUUACUGAAGGAUACAUAGAAAUCCCUUUUGCUUUUGGCCAAAUUAAAUAAUUUUUAAUAAAUACCAACAGACUAAUCACUUUUCUAAACCGUGUUCUAUUAGCUGCAGUAUCAGCAGUGUAAAACGGACUUGGCAGCAGUUCAGGAGUGUUUAGAAAAACAUAGUUACACGUUUUCUGCAUUGCCAACUAAAUGCACGUAGGUUCCUGUGGCAACACAAAGCAUACAGUUUGUGCAACUGUAGCUGAACGGGUUUUUUCAGUCUCAUUAUUAGCGUACAACUCCACAGGUUUGCGGAUAGAAUAACCGCCUAAUGAUGCAUCUUACAGCCAAUUUAAAUCCCAAACUCUGAACAGAACCUCCUUCAGAGCAGGUCAGCUGUGUAGAAUCAGUUACCAUGGUGAUUUAACUGUGCAGCAUCAGUUACCAUGGUGAUCUAACUGUGCAGCAUCAGUCACUGUGGUGAUGUAGCUGUGCAGUAUCAGUUACCAUGGUGAUGUAGCUGUGCAGUAUCAGUUACCAUGGUGAUGUAGCUGUGCAGUAUCAGUUACCAUGGUGAUGUAGCAGGUUUAAACAGAGCUUUAAUCUCCACGUACUCUUGCUUCGUAGUUCACCCCUCAUGUGAUGGAAUUGUUUUGGUUUUCAUUGCUGAGCAGUAAAACCUGAACAUUGUAUUUGCUCCUUUCCUUCACUUCCUCCUGGGCUUUAGUAUUGAUGCUUCUUUUUUUUAAGAAGUUGCCUCUAAACUCCUCGACUUAUUCGUGAAGCCACACACUGUAAUUUGGGAAUGUAUCGUCCUGCAGUGAACUCAUUGUCAUGUGCACGCCGUGAUUUUCAUGGCAACUCCCGAUUUACACCAAAACGCCGGAACGACGCAACCAGCCGAAGUUAGCCAUCAGUUUAAAGCCCAAAUGGUUGAUAUCCGUCUCCAACAUAAACCCGUAGAGAAAUCUAUGCUUCACUCGUCAUAUUCCUGCAGAGGUCAGCGCUGUUAGACGUACGUGUCCCGACAAUGUCCGACGUUCCAUUUCCUCUCUCAGCCUGUACAUACCUUGGAUGUGUGAGUGUACUUAGCCGGACGAGUUGGAAACUUGUCUUUCUUAAACGAACAAACAAACAAAAAAAAAAAUGUAUCGAAGAACAGUUUUGUAUUCUUGCUACUUUUUACCAUGUGAAACGUUUUGACAAAAUGCUCUUUUUUUGUGGUUUUUUGUAGUCCACGUAGUGACUGUGCCAGUAUGUCGCGGGGAAAUCUCAAAGAGAAACCUGCGCGUGAGUCUGAGUGCGUGAAUGUAAAAACGGUAUUUCUGUCAAACAGGGAACUUCAGACUGAAGAGAAUUGUAGUAGAACCGUUUCAACAGACCUGCGCCUUUUGUGUGUGUUUUCUUUUUUAAACGACUAACCUUACUGGUCUGUCUGAGAGCUGUUUCUGCAGGUUUUCUGUGUUCAGUAUUUUUAUUUUUUUUGAAAGAAUUCUUAUUCAUGUUUUCUCCUGUUACAUGUUGACGUUGUGUCUGUUACCAGAGCGAAUGACGCCUUCCUCCUCUUUGAAUGCUAUGAGAUUCUAGAUGCGCUUAAGAAGCCUGGAGCUGGUUUACAUGUCGGCUAUGAAACGCCAUCACUCCUUUUUUUUUAAAAUUUGUUUUGUCUUCGUCUGUGGAGCUUUUUCCCUUCCUCCCUCGCCUCCCACUCUUCCACUGUUAAUUCAAGGUUUGAGUGCAGUAUUGGAAAGUAUUUAAUACAAACUGAGGAGUAACAUUUGUUUUAUUCUUGCUUGCGAUUCUUUUCUUUUCUCGCCUUAAGCCCUCUGCCUCUUCUUCUGCUUUCUGUCCAUCAUCAACACACGAGGUCAGACGGUUGUCGCUUGCAGCCGUCGCAUUUUUAAUUUUAUGAAUCUGGCAUUUAAAAGACGUUGAGAACAAGUUAAAGUAAAAGAAAAGUACUGUACUUUUAUUUUUAUGGUUUCACAUUUCUUCUCAUAUGUUACUUUUAAUUCUUUAAAUUGAUAUGAAUAUCUGUAUUCCUGGAGGGAGAGACCAGGGCCUUGGGGUGUGUUCUGGACGUCACUUUUUUGAAACGUAGAUCCGUUUAAAAGAUGAAAAUAUAGCUCCGCACAUGGUGAAUAUCAGGAAUCAGUGAGGGUGGGUUCGUAUUUUGCCAAGAACUGCAAGUGCAUCAGGACUUGUUAAUCGGUGCUGACACGUCAUCAGAUGUGCACAAUAAGAAAUAGACGCUCCAGGUGCAGACAAGGACCUCACAUAUGUCUAGUAUUAAUAAUAAUAAUGCUAAUAAUGAGAGUGUAUGUUAAAAGCCAAAGAAAAACUCAACUCCAGCCCAGCAGCACUCAGUCAGUAGUUAGUAAAGCUGGUGGUGCAUCUGUUCUGUGUUAUAUUGUUUGGGUCGGACCACUCUGAGGACGCACCAAUCCUGGGUUUCAAAACGAUCCAUAUCUGGUUCAGCAAGGAGAGGAGAACCUCCCGUAUAAGCACAAAUGAUUAAAUCUCUCCUGCACUCUAACCGGUGGUUUAAAAAGUCAGUUCAGGCACCCGUUAACUCACCCGCCGUCCUCCGUUUUCCUCAGUUCUGAUUUUUAAAAAAGCCCCGUCAGACCCUGGUGUCUCUUGCUCUCUGCAUGCUUGCUGUGUUAGUUCCUGUGUUUCUGUCCCUGGGAACCGGUGCUGGAGCCCUCCAUCCUCCCCGACCUCCUCCCGCCCCGCUCACAGCACUGUUCCCUCCUAUAGCUUUUUUCAAAUUGUACUGUAGUUUAUGUGAAUGAUGUUGAAAAACAAAACUCUGAAAAGAAAAAAACGUUGUGGCGACGUACAGUACGUGUACAUUCAUGCUAAGAUUAUCUGUAUGUAUGUAGCAUUCGAUUACACACAGCACUAACAAAUAAAACUUUUUUUCAUUUAUACA